AUGCAUGAUAUGUUAAAAGAAUCAAGAUUUGGUUCUAACGAUGGUGUGACUAAAAAAGGAAGGCGUAAGAAGUAUAAUGUAGAACCAGGCAGAAGUGUUACAGAGGCAAAUAUGACAAGAGAUGGAGACAAUGAACAAAUAAUGGAAACUGACCAAAAUGAUGAGACUGAAGAUAAUCAAAUAAAUACCAUAAAAAAGACUGAAGAAAAUAAGACUGAUGAAGAUGAUGACUAUUUAUUAAAUCAAUUAAAUGAUUUUAUAGAAAUCAAUUUUGAGACUGAUGAUAUAGUAUUCGAAAAAGAAUAUAAUAGUGCAGAUGAAACUGUACUAAGAGUAGUAGAAUUAGCACAACAAAAUCAAUAUGCAAUUAAUUUUGAAACACAUGAUUUUGUUUUGGUAAAAUUUGAAACGCUUAAAGGCAACUUUGAAGAAUUUGUUGGACAGAUAAGUGAAAUUGAUGGAGAAGAAAUAACUUGCAAGUUUCUUAGGAAAAGUAAAAGUAUGAGUGGAUACUAUGUAUUUCCAUUCAUUAUUGAUGAGGCAACUGUUACCAGAAACCAAAUUAUAAGAAGACUAAAAUUGAUCUCAGAAAAAAGAGGAAAUUACCAGUUUGAAUAG